CAAAGUUGUUGAACAACACCAAGACAUUCACCAUUGUAGACAAGGAAAGCAUCAAAGAAAAAUUUGAGGAUGUGCAGGGAAUGGAUGAAGCCAAAGAAGACAUGAUGGAUGUGGUUAAAUUCCUGCAAAAUCCCAGAAGUUUUACAGAAGUCAGUGCCAAGAUACCAAAAGGAAUUUUAUUGGACGGGCCUCCGGGCGUGGGGAAAACUCUGUUAGCCAGAGCCGUAGCAGGGGAGGCUGGAGUGCCGUUUAUUUUUGCUGCAGGGUCAGAGUUUGAGGAGGUUUUUGUGGGUGUGGGAGCUAAGAGAGUCAGAGAGCUAUUUGUGACGGCUAAGAGGAACGCCCCCUGUAUUGUGUUUAUUGAUGAGAUUGACAGUUUGGCUGCUAAGCGAACCUCUAGUCCUUUUGUACACCCUGCGGCCAAUCAGUGUAUAAACCAGCUAUUGACAGAAUUAGACGGCUUUGAGCAGUCAUCAGGAAUCAUUUUGAUUGGAGCCACAAACAGAAAAGAUGUCAUUGAUCCAGCCAUGCUCCGGCCUGGACGUUUUGACAUGCACAUUUCUGUAGAGGGACCAGACCAGAAAGGACGAGAGAAACUGUUCAAGCUUUAUCUGGGCAAAGUCAGGAGUGACCCAACUAUAAAUGUGGAGAAUUUAGCAAAAGGUGUUGUUGGUUUAACAGGUGCCGACAUCAGUAACUUGGUGAACCAGGCGGCACUGAAGGCGGCAAAAGACGGAGCCAACAUUGUGUGUAUGAGUCACCUAGAGUGGGCCAAGGAUAAGAUACUUAUGGGUGCUGAAAAAAAGACGCGGACCCCCGAUGAGGAGGCUAACUGGGUGACAGCGAUUCAUGAGGCUGGUCAUGCUAUAGUGGGGCUAGAGUCCAAGACCUCGUCCUCUCUGGUGUAUAAAGCUACCAUAAUGAAGCGUGGACAGGCGUUAGGUCAUACCCAGUUUCUGCCAGAGAAGGAGGAGUAUACACACAGUCGGGCCCAGCUGAUGGCUCAGAUGGACAUAGCGAUGGGGGGACGUGUAGCCGAGGAAAUCAUGUUUGGAACGGAUAAAGUCACCACAGGAGCUGCCUCCGACUUCAGUCAGGCGACAAAGAUAGCCAAGAGUAUGGUGAUGAUGUACGGAAUGUCUGAGUCGCUUGGGGCCCGUGUUUACAGUGAAGAAGACUUACAGUUACUGAGUUCUCACAUGAGGAAAGAAAUUGACGACGAGGUCAAUCAACUUUUACAGGAGUCAUAUUGUCGAGCCAAAACAGUUCUGACAAAUAAAAAAGACAAACUAAAGAAACUUGCUGAAAACUUAAUGAAGUACGAAACUCUGGAUAUGGAGGAAAUAAAACAAGUCAUGGCUGGAAAGGAAGUAGUCAGGACGUGAUUGUAGCAUCAUGGAAUAUGUUGAUGUUGCAUCAUGGGAUAUCCUGACAGAGUGUUUUGUGGAGAAAGGGUGUGAAAGAUUAAAUUUCAUUGGCUGAAUGCUGUGAGGUGAAUAUCAGUGAAAUCUGAUUGGACGACAGAACUUUUCAUUAUUUAAAGAUAUUCAUCAUGUUUGUUCAAUUCAUAGGAAAUUGUAAAUGAGAGUAUCAUAAAACAUUUUUUUAUGAUAACAAUGUCUACUUCUCACUUUUUAAAUAUCACCAAUUUUUUGCUUGCAUUUGAAGGUGCAUGUUCAAUGUGUAAAUCACAAGACCUAGUAUUUCAUCAUUCAUUUCCAUUGAUUAUAACACUUUAUGCAAAUGUCCUCAAUAGGUUUUAAAGUAAAUAUAUUGCUCAGUUGUACACUUUAUCAUUUACAUGAAAUUCUGUAUAUCUGUUUUUUUUUAACAACAUUAUUGCAGACACCUGAGAUAUGGCAAAGGAAGUCAGUGAUAAAAAUGUUAUUGUUCUCAUUCAAGGUUCAUCAUUUUGUUGAAUUACUAACAUGAAGAAAAAGUUGUAACACCCGCAUUUAGAAAAAAAAGACUUGUCACAUUCUAAGAUUGCAUUUCAUCUCACUUCUUUGUUUAAGUUUGUGCAUUUCAGAUGUACAGUAAAACUCGGUUAUAACGAAGUCACGG